UAUCAUGUGUUGUGUAUAUUUUGGUCCACGUAAUGAUGUGUAAUGAAUUGGACGUAAAGAUAUACCAGCUUUGAGUUGAGUUGAUGCUAUUUCAAAUCGCCAGUGUUUGGUUUUGGUCGCCUCAAAUAUGUUAAUAAAACAAAAGGCCAACUUACUUAAAUUUGCUACGAACAAAAUACGUAAUUCCUUGUGUGCCGCAUAUCGGUUUUAGUCACAGUAAAUCAUAACGUAAUAUUUUCCUAUAACAUCAAACUUACUAUAAGACUCUGUUUUGCUUGACGCGGUUGAUGAUAAAUUCAGCUUGUCUGAAUUUAACUCUCAUAUCAAUAGAAGAUUUCACCAUGGCUGUGUGUAAGGCAAAUAUGCUAUUUGUGAUAUUAACAAGUUACACUGUGCUGUUAAACCAAUGCGCAAAUACCAAUGAGUUGUUGAUGCAAACAUUUUCAAAAGUGUUAUUGCUUGAUACAAGGAUGGAUAAUAUAGAGAUAAAAUUUGACACCGAAUUCAGGAAGUCCCUUACAGACAUAAUCUCGCUUGAUGAAAAAAUGGACACUCUGGAGAUUAAAAUUGAGAACUCGCUGACAGACUUGCAGACGCAGUUAGCGGAAGGGCUGGAACGUAUUGCAGAGACACAAAAAAACUGCGAACCUAAACAAGGUGGAAUUACAAAAAGGAUUCAGUCAACAAAUCCCAACAACGUGACACAAAUGGUAAAGUCCCAAUACAGUGCAAUAAAUACUGCAAUGAAGCGGGAAAAAGUGGCUUUAAGGAAUUUGAAAAAUAAAAUGAAUAAACAUAUGAAGACAAUAGAUAACGAAUUUCAAAACAUACAGAGAACCAUUGAAGUCCGCUUUUUAAAUCAGAGCAUAGCAAUUGAAGAACAUAUUCGGGCACAGAAAGAAAACGUGAGUGAUGUUAUGAACGAUGUUAUUAUAGAAACAAACGCACAUGCAAAUCAACUGAAAAUUGAUUUUGAAAAUGCACAAAGCAGUUUGGAUGAAAGUUUUACAAAUCAAACUAAAGACCUGGACUCUAAGUUUGAAAGACAGUCAGACGAUAUAGACGAAUUUAUCAGAGAUUUGCGUAAUGAAAGGGAACAACUAAAGGGUAAUUUCGGUGACGUACAAAAAUCACUUAACAAUGCGAUAGAUGAUAUCAAAGAGGAAACGAAGAAAACAACGUUCAAUCUACAGCAGACGCUCAAUGAGAAAUUAGAAACAAUGCAAAGCGAGGUGAACUUGCGAUUCAUAAACCAGGAAGACAUCAUAUUAUCCCUGAACUCAACAAUUGGUUCAACAGAGGAAAGUUUGCAAGAUUACAAGUCGUCAUCCGAUUCGAUUAGUGCCGAUCUUAGCAGUCUGGAUUAUAGGUUUGAAAAACAGUCAGAUGAAUUCAGGGAAUUCCAAACAAAUCAGGAAAACAAAACAUCAUCCUUGAACUCCAGAAUGAGCUCAACUGAGGGAAGUUUGCAAAGUUACAAUUCGUCCUGUGAUGUGAUUAGAUUGGAUGUCAGCAAUCUAGAGACCCGAGUAUCCUCAAUCGAAAAAGUACUUUCAGUGGACGGACAAUGGGGAAACUGGCUGGGAUGGACGAAGUGUGACACCCGGUGUAAGAAGGGAAACCAAUUUCGAACAAGAGAAUGCAACACCCCUUCCCCGCGAUACGGAGGCGACAGUUGUUCCGGAGAUGGAACAGAAAUCCGUGCUUUUCCUGACUGUUGGGAAAUAAGGCAGAACCUCGGCACUAUGCCCUCUGGUGUCUAUCAUAUCACAACAUGGAAAACAAACCAGACUGCCAGUGUGUUCUGUGAUAUGGACACUGAUCAGGGAGGCUGGACCGUGUUUCAACAUCGUGUGGACGGAAGUGUGGAUUUCUACCGUAACUUCUCCUCUUACGAGAAUAUGUUUGGAUCUCUGCAGGGAGAAUUCUGGUUGGGUCUGAAAAUGAUGCAUGAGAUGACAUCCCGGAAAACACACGAUUUAAGAAUUGACAUCACCCACGCGGAUGACAGCACCGCCUUUUCCGUAUACGCUGGCUUCAGUGUGGGAGCCGGGUCUAAUUAUACCUUACAUGUAAGAGAUGCACUGUCAGAAAGGGGACUUGCUGUGUUUCCGAGUUGGUCUCGACAGUUUAACACUUACGCAAACGGUUCUGCCUUUACCACAUUUGACCAUGACAAUGACGAUUGGCCCGCAAGGAACUGUGCCGUUGAACACAGGGGAGCAUGGUGGUACCAACGCUGCACCUAUUUGUCAAACCUGAAUGGCCUCUACUACAGACCCGGAACUGUUGAUAGCAGCAGAUGGGCUAUGAUAUAUGAUGGCUACGAAUCGUUAAAAACUAGCAAUAUGAUGUUUAGACCUUCCGUGUAGCCAUAAUUUGACCAACAUGUGUUUUUCUUAUUCAAUUUUAGUAAAAGUUAACACUCAAUUGAGAAGUGCUGUUCACGUAUGGCCAGCAUAUCUAGGCACAUAUCGUUUGAUUGCUUUUUAAAUAAAUAUUUCUUAAUUAUAUCAUAUUUAUAUCGAUAUUAUCGUUAUGUUUUUCGAAAUAAUAUUUCAAAUAUUGUAAAAAAAUCGAAAUUGACAGAUCUAUCAGUCAGUUUAGAGAAAUAUUAUUUGACAUUAGUGUGCAUAUCGAAUUCAUAAAAAGGCACAGAUCGUAUGAUAGCUUUCUUCGGAAAUUUUAAAUAUUGUAAAAAUAUCAAAAUAAACAGAUCUCGUAUUGGUCAGUUUAGAGAAAUAUUAUUUGACUUUUUUUGUGACACUCGCAUAAUGUUUGACUGAAAGUCUUGAGAUUACCAUAGUUUUUACGUUUGUUAAUAAAUGAUUAUAUUGAAAAGUAAGCAGUGACAGGGUGUGAACAGGAAAUAGCACAUCGCGUGGUUAAUAAUGUCUGAAGUCUUGAUAUUAUGAUAUGUUUUUCGAACGCUUGUUGAUAAAAUGACAACAUAGUCUAUAUUUAAAGCAAGCAUUGACGGUUUGUUAAAAUAAAAUGGAACACCGUAUGGUUAAUAAUGCAACUUAAAUAUAUUCAUCAUAUUACUGUCCUUAUAAAGUUCACUUACCUUUUCCCAAAAAGUGUCAUACUCAGCCGGUCCAUAGCAUUUGUAUCGCUAUAUUAAUGAAGAAAUGUGUUCUUACCGUUAAUCAGCCAGAAAAUAAUUUAUGUAAAAAUGUUUUAAAAUAAUUUUUAAAAUAGCUUGUAUGUUUCUGCAGUGAUAAAAAUAACAUUAAGAUAUGCUAAGAUUAUCACGGUUAAAGAUAACAUUUAUUUUAUUUUUACAAUUGAUAUAUGCGUAGGUUAUUACGGCAACAUAUGUUUUUUUGGAAGCUAUAUAUGCCAUUUAAGUCACGAUAUUCAUUAUUAUUUUUAUUCAUACAUGUUUCAUUAUUAUAUUGAUUCAUACAUGUUUCAUUAUUAUAUGUAUUUAUACAUGCUUUAGUACUAUAUGUAUCCAUACAGGUUUCAUUAUUAUAUGUUUUCAAACAUUUUUCUUUAUGUAUUCAUACAUAUUUCUUUAUUAUAUGUAUUCAUAGAUGAUUCAUUAUUAUAUGUAUUCAUACAUGUUUCAUUAUUAUAUGUAUUCAUACAUGCUUCAUCAGUAUAUGUAUUCAAACAUGUCUCAUUAUUAUAUGUAUUCCUACAUGUUUCAUUAUCUUACAGAUUUACACAUGUUCAUAUUAUAUGUACUCAUACAAGUUUCAUUAUUAUAUGUAUUUACACAUGCUUCAUUAUUAUAUGUAUUUACACAUGCUUCAUUAUUAUAUGUAUUUACACAUGCUUCAUUAUCAUAUGUAAUUAUACCUGCUUCAUGAUUAUAUGUAUUCAUACAUGUUUCAUUAUAUAAUGUAUUCAUUCAUGUUUCAUUAUUAUAUGAAUUCAUACAUGCUUCAUUAUUAUACGUAUUCAUACAUGCUUCAUGAUUAUAUGUAUUCAUACAUGCUUCAUUAUUAUAUGAAUUUAUACAUGCUUCAUUAUUAUAUGUAUUCAUACAUGCUUCAUGAUUAUACGUAUUCAUACAUGCUUCAUUAUUAUAUGAAUUCAUACAUGCUUCAUGAUUAUACGUAUUCAUACAUGCUUCAUGAUUAUAUGUAUUCAUUCAUGUUUCAUUAUUAUAUGAAUUCAUACAUGCUUCAUUAUUAUACGUAUUCAUUCAUGUUUCAUUAUUAUACGUAUUCAUACAUGCUUCAUGAUUAUUUGUAUCCAUACAUGCUUCUUUAUUAUAUGUAUUCAUUCAUGUUUCAUUAUUAUAUGUAUUCAUACAUGCUUCAUUAUUAUACGUAUUCAUUCAUGUUUCAUUAUUAUAUGUAUUCAUACAUGCUUCGUUAUUAUUUGUAUUCAUACAUGCUUUGUUAUUAUAUAUAUUCAUACAUGCAACAUUAUUAUAUGUAUUCAUACAUUUCAUUUUAAAAUUAAAUGUUUUAAUGCGACGCAGUCUUAUGGCUUUCUAUUUUGUGUUAGUACAUAUUGAAAACUUUCAACUUUUAGUGGUUAUUAUUUAUUUGUGUGUACGACCUACAAAAUGGGCCAGCCACUGUUUCUAUCUAUCACUUCGCAUGAUAUAAAUCAAUAACGGCUGAUUACUAAGAGAAUUGUAUUGGAAAACUUACGAAAUACUGUUUUCUCAUUGGACAAAAGAAAAUGUAGACCGCUUAGCCGAGACUAAACGCUUUUUGUAUCAAUUAUUUGGAUAGAAGCUUAAUUUGGGUAUGUGCAUUGUAUUUUAGUUUUUAUGCAUUUAAACGUUUUUGAUAUUGUUAAUUUUGUAAAUUACGACUACAUAUUCGAUUAGCAUACAUACAUUGUACAUUGGGAAUUACAUAAUCUCACCAUUUUGAUUGACCCAACUUGUGUUGCUGCUGUAUGCUUGUAAGACAUUUAGUUUUGUAUGCUGUUAAUUGACUAAUUGUCUAAUAGAGAUUCAUUGAAUCACUUUAAAACAUCAUAUUGUAUAUGUAUUUGUUCACAUGGGCUUUAUGUAUGCUUUGUAAAUAAAUCUCGAAUCUUGAAUCUAUAAUCAAAACGAAUAUACGUAUUGUCAAUAUAAGUGUGAAUACUUGCACGAACACUGGACGACUGUGCAUAAAAAAAGACCGCUGUAAAUUGUAUUUGUUCACAUGUGCUAUGGCCUUCUGUAUGUUUGUAAGUCUUGAAUGUUGAAGCUUAAAUGUAUAGAAAACAACUUAUAAAGGUUAUAUUUUGUAAAUAUAAGUGUUCAUUCUUGAAAGAACACUAGAAGACCGCUGUAAAUAACGUCCUUACUACUAAGGCUGUUAUAACCAUGAACCAUAUUUGUUUACAGGGAC